GCGGCGGCGGCCCCGGGGCGCGGAGCGGGUGCCCGGCGCGGGGAGAGGCGAGCGCAGCCAUGCCCCAGGCCGCCUCCGGGGCAGCAGUAGCGGCGGCCGGGGCCGGGGCGCGGGCCGGGGGCGCCGGGGGGCCGGCGGCGGCUCGGGCGGGACGAUGAAGCGGCAGAACGUGCGCACGCUGGCGCUCAUCGUGUGCACCUUCACCUACCUGCUGGUGGGCGCCGCGGUCUUCGACGCUCUCGAGUCGGAGCCCGAGAUGAUCGAGCGGCAGCGGCUGGAGCUGCGGCAGCAGGAGCUGCGGGCGCGCUACAACCUCAGCCAGGGCGGCUACGAGGAGCUCGAGCGCGUCGUGCUGCGCCUCAAGCCGCACAAGGCCGGCGUGCAGUGGCGCUUCGCCGGCUCCUUCUACUUCGCCAUCACCGUCAUCACCACCAUCGGCUAUGGCCACGCGGCACCCAGCACGGAUGGCGGCAAGGUGUUCUGCAUGUUCUACGCGCUGCUGGGCAUCCCGCUCACGCUCGUCAUGUUCCAGAGCCUGGGCGAGCGCAUCAACACCUUCGUGAAGUACCUGCUGCACCGCGCCAAGAGGGGGCUGGGCAUGCGGCGCGCCGACGUGUCCAUGGCGAACAUGGUGCUCAUCGGCUUCUUCUCGUGCAUCAGCACGCUGUGCAUCGGCGCCGCCGCCUUCUCCUACUACGAGCACUGGACCUUCUUCCAGGCUUACUACUACUGCUUCAUCACGCUCACCACCAUCGGCUUCGGCGACUACGUGGCGCUGCAGAAGGACCAGGCGCUGCAGACGCAGCCGCAGUACGUGGCCUUCAGCUUCGUGUACAUCCUCACGGGCCUCACGGUCAUCGGCGCCUUCCUCAACCUCGUGGUGCUGCGCUUCAUGACCAUGAACGCCGAGGACGAGAAGCGCGACGCCGAGCACCGCGCGCUGCUCACGCGCAACGGGCAGGCGGGCGGGGGCGGCGGCGGCGGCGGGGGCGGCGGGGGCGGCGGGGGCGCGGGCGGCAGCGCGCACACCACGGACACCGCCUCGUCCACGGCGGCGGCGGGCGGCGGCGGCUUCCGCAACGUCUACGCCGAGGUGCUGCACUUCCAGUCCAUGUGCUCGUGCCUCUGGUACAAGAGCCGCGAGAAGCUGCAGUACUCCAUCCCCAUGAUCAUCCCGCGGGACCUCUCCACGUCCGACACGUGCGUCGAGCAGAGCCACUCGUCGCCGGGAGGGGGCGGCCGCUACAGCGACACGCCCUCGCACCGCUGCCUGUGCAGCGGGGCGCAGCGCUCCGCCAUCAGCUCGGUGUCCACGGGCCUGCACAGCCUGUCCACCUUCCGCGGCCUCAUGAAGCGCAGGAGCUCCGUGUGAACGCCCUGCGGGGCCUGGAGCGCCUGGGGUUGCGGGGCCGGGGGAGGGAGGGGCUCCUGCCGGGAGGAGCAGCCGGGGUGGGUGAGGAGGCCCCAUGGGACCCUCCCCACACCCCUCACCACCCUCCUCCAGCCGCCCCCCCCCCGCCCCCCACCUCCCGACUGUGCCUGCUCGCACCAGCCGGCAGGAGCCCGGGCUCUGAGGAUGUUUCAGGACAUCCGCGCCCUGCAAAUUCCGAGAAAUGUGAAAUGUGGGGGGUGGGGGGUGGGGGAGGGAAGGCAGAAGCUGGGAGCCUCCCAUCCCUUUGGAAAUCUAAGGAGCUCCCUCCGUUCUCAGAGGCCCUGCUGGUACCCAGACCACCCCCCACCCCCCCUCCUCCAUCCGGAGGAAACUUCGUGUUCUGUGUAAGUUUGCAUCUCUAUUUAUACCUCUGUCCUGCCAGGUCUCCCACCUUCCCCAGGCUCCAAAAGCCAGGGUGUCUUUGUUCAGGUCACCCCCACUCAGCCCCACUCCCCUUCCUCAUCCCCAGCUGUGUCUCCCAGCCUCCCACUACCUUUUGUGUUGUUUUGCAUGGCUUUGCAGUUAUGAAGAAAGUGGAAACCCAGCAGUCCCUAAAGCUAGUCCCCAGAAGGCAGGCAGACUGAAGCAAGGACAGGCAGGCUGCAGGAGGGACAGAGGAGGGAGGGGGAGAUUGUGGCCCUCUGGUCUGCAGGGCAGCCCACGGGGAGGUGAGAGUUAACUGGCCUCCAGCCUCCGACACUGCCCUUAGAAUCAAACAGAAAACUUCGUACCUGCCGUCCCCAGCUGCUGCUGACAAUGACCAACUCUUACAUCUGUGGAAUGAGUUUCAGCCUCUGAAACCCUGCCCUGACUACCCAUUCAUCUGAUUCUCACGGUACCCGGUUAGGUCAGCAAGGCAGGAGUUCUCAUCCUCACUUUACAGGGGACACUGAGGCCCAGACAAGUGAAGUGACUUGCCCAAGGUGGCACAGACAGCAAAAGGCACAGGGGAACAAGAACCCAGGCUGCUGCUUCUGAGUUUUGGUGCCCUUUCCUCCUGACCACCCUGCCCACUGUUGAAAGCAGAGCUCCUGCCCGGUGCACCCAGGCACUGCGUGAGCCAGCACUGGGACUUAGCCUCGACUCCACUUGGCCAGGAGGCAGGGGCUCUGAAUGACCCCUGAGGCCGAGUAGGACCCCCUCAGUGUCCGGACUGCCUGCUUACAAACAGGGAAGCAGGGCCGGGGACAAACAGGGAAGGAGGGCUGAGGCUCAUGGAAAAAAGGGCAGGAGCCAAGGGCUCUAGGGGUUUGGGAAUCAGAAUGAACUAGAGAACUGUCGGGCAUAUCCAAUUGGGACCUUAUCCCUGGCUCACAGCCAGUGUUGGUGCCUGUGUCCCAAGUAGCUAGAGAUAAAUUAAGGCUGCAGCAAGGAGUGCCCCUCUCAGGUAGGGAGUUUGGGCCUGGUGUGCCCACUACCUACCCCACCUGCAACCCAGAAACCCAGGUGCAGAGCAAGCAGACCGAGGUGAUGCCCUAGACUCCACAGCUGGAGCUGGUACCGUGUCUCAGGACAGCAUCAGAGGUGGGUGAGGGGCAUCUCCCCACUCAGAACUGCCCUCCUAUGUCAUUGCCAUGGUGGCUCCCUAACCCUGCUGAGCAAGGCCAGCCCUGGUAUUCAGGGAUGCUGGAGUGGGGGUCCCACAGGGUGGUCAGCCUCAGCCGUGCCCCAGCCUCUGGGAACCCCUAAGAGAGAAGAAGCCUGGCCUGUGUGUGAGUCCUGUCUCAGCAUGGAGGAGCUCACCGCCCAGGUGCCAAGAAGAGGGCCCAGGACCCAGGGGUGACCUCUGUGUUUAUGUGUGGGGCUGGGGACAGUGUUGGCUGCCUCUGUCCCACGUGUGACCCUGCCCUCGAGGGGUCCUGUCCCGUCAGUCCCGAGGGAGCCACAACCAAAGUUGCAGGGAGAUGGCGAGGAAGGAGGCCAAAUGGUCUCAAGCAGAGCAUGGCAGGCUGCUCGACCUCCAGCGGGCCUUUCCCAGGGAACUAGAAGGCCAGAGUGGCUUCCCCCCUCACCCCCUCCCCCACUGCAGGCAGCCUUUCUGCUUCCCCAAUGCCUUAUGCCUGGGCACACUGCCACAGAAUAUGCAAUACAUGUGGGUGCCCCCGCGCCCACACCCCCACCCCGGGCAGCCCCUGGACCCCAAAGGCUGCAGCUGCCAUGGCCUCCCUUCAGCCCCUCCUGCCUAUCUGUCUUCACAAUGAGAAUGGCGCCUAAUAAAUGCUGUCCAUGGAGACCAGG